UGUGACACUUGUGGGAAAGAUUUUAAGUGUAAGUCGCUAUUGAACCGACAUUUGAGGAGCCACACAGGUGAGAAGCCAUAUUCUUGUGAAACAUGUGGGAAGAGUUUCAUACGAAGAGGUAGCUUGAGUGUCCACAUGAAAAUUCACAUAGGCGAGAAGCCAUAUUCUUGUAAAAUGUGCCGGAAGAGUUUCACACGGAGAGAUAACAUGCGUACCCACAUGAAAAUCCACACAGGUGAGAAGCCAUAUAUUUGCAAAACAUGUGGGAAGAGUUUCAGACAGAGAGGUGGCUUGCAGCUCCACAUGAGAAUCCACACAGGUGAGAGACCAUUUGUUUGCAACAUUUGUGGCAAAGGAUUCAAGCAAAGCUCAAACUUUACUGCUCAUUUAAGAAUCCACACAGGUGAGAGGCCAUUUGUUUGCAACACCUGUGGGAAAGGAUUCAGGCGGAAGUCAGAAUUGACCAUUCAUUUAAGAAUCCACACAGGUGAGAAGCCAUAUUCCUGCAUUGACUGUAAGAAAAGGUUCCGUACAACAUCACAGUUGAAAAGACAUAAAAGAAUUCAUACAGGUUAGUGUUCUUGCAAAACAUGGGGGAGCUUUCAGACGUAGUACUGAUAUUCCAUAAAAUGAAAGAUUUAUUGUGAGUUAUUAACAGCUGUUGUCUGAGGGUUGGAUGAGAAUUUCUGGAGGCCUCUUAAGCCGAGCAGAUGCUGUACGACCUUUAUUGAUCGUAUACGAUGUGUGUGUUCACUCUGGAUGUUUAAACAGAACUCUGGAGUGGAUGUGUUCAUUGAGAAGUCCAGUAAAGUUUACGUCAACCAAAAGAAAAGCAUUACUUUAGCCACUAUACUUUGUACAGCUGAUGAACAGCAGUAAUCUGCUGUCACUAUUUUUCUUGCUGCUGCAGAUCAUGAUACAGCUUUGUGGUGCUGCCACAGCUCAUUUAACCUCGUCCAUAUACAGUAUAUAAAUAUAUGUGGCCUAUGGCCUUGUUUCAGUUGAUUGUGUCCACAAAAUAUGAUCUAAUUUGGGCCAUGUUGUUAUGUAGUCUUUGUACUCACUCUAGUGUACUGAACUAACUUCAGACUGUGGACCUGCAAGACAGCUGACAAAAUUUCUGACAUGCCAGAAAUCCAUCCCAUCCAUGGAGAGCUAGGUCGUUGGUCGUUCGGGUAAUUAAUCUGGUGCCAGGACCCUGCUCAUACUGUACGUCCGGGGUGUCAAACUCAAUCGCACAGGAGGCCAAAACUCAAAGCACACUUUAGGUCGCGGGCCGAACAGGAUAAAAA